AUCUGUUAUUAACUGCACUUCUUGCAGACAGUGCAAAACAUUGGCAGAGAAGGUUCCUCUCUGAUGCUGGAAAGAAAAAGAGAAAGGAUAAACAGUCAGCUGAAUAUCCAGCGACAGAAAAGAAUGUUGCGGAGCGUCUUAAAGUCGAAAUUUGGUUACGAGGAUUUUAAGAAUGACAUUCAGAAAAAGGCCACUACUACUAUUUACAAAGGAAAGCAAGAUGUAUUUGUAUGUAUGCCUACGGGUUCUGGGAAGUCUCUUUGUUUUCAAUUACCAGCGAUAAUGAAGGAGCAGAAAGUUGCGAUUGUGUUCUCGCCGCUUUUAGCUCUGAUGAAGAAUCAAAUAGAUUUUUUGGUGAGUAAGAAAAUAAAUGCCUGCUCUUUAAAUUCCACCAUUUCUAGCAAAGAGAGGAAUGCUAUUAUGAAAGAUAUACUGUCAGAUGCACCAAACAUAAAACUAUUGUAUGUUACUCCUGAAAUGGGAGCGCAACAUCAUUUUCAGGAAGCUAUAAUUCAAAUGCAAAAAAAGAAAGCACUCUCUUAUUUUGUUAUUGAUGAAGCUCACUGUUUAAGUGAAUGGGGUCAUGAUUUUAGGCCAACUUAUAGACAAUUGGGAACUUUCAAAAAAUUGUGUCCUAAGAUACCUAUGAUUGCAUUAACAGCGACUGCUGCAAAGCAGGUGAAAGAUGAUAUUCUCCAAAGUUUACACAUGAAAGAUGCAGUUAUAUUUUCCCAACCGGUAUUUCGUCCUAAUUUAUAUUACGACGUGUGGUUUCAAGAAAUAUUGGACAAGCCAUUUCUACAUUUGAAAAACUUUAUUUUGGAUGCACUUGGCCCCUCAGAUAAUUCUAUUCCUGUGCACAAAAGAAAUUGUGGUAUCAUUUAUUGUAGAAAGAAAGAAGCGACUGAAAUUGUCGCGCAUAAAUUGACUCUCGCGGGUAUCACUACGCUUGCGUAUCAUGGAAGCUUAAAAACUCAGGAACGUAACGAAGUGCAAAAUAAGUGGACGACAGGUGAAAUACCUGUUAUCGCGGCAACAUGUAGUUUCGGGAUGGGGGUCGACAAGGCAUCCGUUAGAUUUGUGGUUCAUUGGACGGUACCUCAGAAUAUUGCUGCGUAUUAUCAAGAAUCGGGAAGAGCUGGCAGAGAUGGCAAUCCGGCAUUUUGCAGGAUUUAUUUUAGCAAUGAGGAAUAUGGACCUAUUUCAUUCCUUAUCAAAGAGGAAAUCAACCAUAAAAGUUCGGAAGUUGUAAAAAAUAAGUGGCAGAAUUUUGAAAAGAGCGUUGCAUACUGUUUAGAAGCAAAAUGUCGACAUGCAGUGUUUUCUAAAUAUUUCGGAGAUUCUCCUCCACUUUGCAAAAAUAGAUGCGAUGUUUGUAAGAACAAGGUUGAGGUACAAGCAAGAAUUACUCAAUUCGAAAUGUGCCAGACUAGAUCUAAUAAAUCUCGAAGUAAAAUAGGCAGUGUAAUACAAAUGGACUACAGUGAUGAUGAAAUGGAUGCGUUCAAUGAAUCACAAGAAUCGAGGGAGAAAUUAUUAGUGGCUGAAAAGCGAGAAAGAAAAGAACUUAUUAUGGAGCAGUUUGCACUUCGGCGUGGUACAUCUAAUAAAGAGGAUGACGUGAGGCGACGGAACAUAAAGGAUGCGAAAAAAGCUCAUGUUUGUGCGGCCAAUAGUACAGAUAGAAAAAUAAAGGGUUUAACUGUUCAAAUACGGGAACACUUUUACAAUGAAUUGAAAAUAGCAUUACUUGAAAAUUAUCAACACUUACAUGCAGAAAUUAACGAACAGUUUGAAGAAAAAAAUGUACACGAUGUGGCCAUUAGUAAAGAAUAUAAAAUAUUUUCCAAUUCUAAAGUGCCAAAUAAGUACAAAUUUGAUAUGUCUAAAUUGAUUUCAUCGGUACGAAAAUGUACUAAUAAUAAUAUUGUGUGUGACGUAAUACGUGAUUAUAAUAAAACUGAAUUUCAUAAUUCUGAAUUUAACAAUUCUGACAGUAUCGAUAUAUCUAGUAAUGAACAAGUAACAGAUACAGUCAAAACAGGAUUUGCCGGAAAUGCUUGUCUGUCGAUCAGUCAUAAGACUUUCACUUCCGCUUUCAAAACUGCAGCGGAGAUUAUAAAUGAAGAAAGAUUACGUGUACCUACAUUAGACAAGGAUAAAAAGUCUCAGUCUAAAGAAUUAUCUGUUAAUAAUAAUAAUGCACAAAAAAGUAUACUCGAAAACGAUAAAUCAGAGAUGCAAAUGACGGGUUUUGUUUGUGCACGAAAAAUUCACGAGAGCAAUGUGGUUAAAUCUAGUGCAAGUUCCUCUAAAUCAAAAGUUCGCAGAAGCAAAACUGAUAAGAAUGUAAAAAGAACAUCUAAAACAGUUUAUGAGCAGAUUUUAGCUUCAGCAAAGUCAUCGAAAAAAUCUAUAGACGAAACAAGAGAUGUUUCUUCUGAAUUGAAAGUAGAUAGUAUUGUUGAUUCUGUUAAAAUUAAAAAUGAAAUUCAAGAUGUAAGUAAAAAUAAAAGAGGCCAUGAAUUUAUUGAAUGUCACGAGGAUGAUAUAAAAUCUGUUAAGAAGAAAAAAAUUAUGCAUAACGAAUACGAUGAUAAAAUUAAUGAUAAUAUAUCCCAUAAAAAUAUCGAAAAAAUGACUUUAGAUGACAAAAUUAACAUGAAAACGAAAGAAAGUAGAAAAAGUACAGAUAUAAUUAAUAUUAAUGCCAUAAAUGAAAAUUCGUCAAGAACAACAGAAAAUAACACAGAAAAGCAUCUUAAAAAUACUAAUGUAGAAUUAAAAAAAAAUGAGAAAAUUACAAAUCCAACUUGUUCAAAACAUCACAAAAAUAGUGAUAGUAACAAAAUAAAAGUACCUGCAGACAAAGCUAUGCAAUUUAAAACGGCGGAAAUUUUGAAGUCAUAUUUAAUGAGAUAUUAUCCGUCAAAACGGCUUCCGGAUAGAGCGACAUUUUCAAAAACUUGCAGAGAAAUGCAUUACAAUAUGCUGAAAAAGAAAAUAUUUGAUAAAGAAGGAAUACACGACUUUGUUGUAAGUUUUAUGAGUCAAUCUUAAAAGAGUGUUUACUUCAUAUCUAAUAUGCCUUUUGUUCAAUAAAAAAGGGCACUACUUGUAAUCGCUUUAAUUAUAGAUAAAUUUUUCUCUACAUGUAUCUACAAGUCUUUAUUUAUUAAAAUUCUUAUAUUCUUAUUAUGUCUAAUUGCAUCUGUCCAUAGAGUUAAAAAAAAACAUUUUUUUGAGAUUUUUUUAUUAAACCGUGUGAUUUAUUGUAAUUAAAACUGUUUUUCAUUUUUAAAAAUGUUUUUCAUAGAAUUCAAAAAAUAUCGGAAGAAAAACAGAUUUUGUAAAUUAUUUUGUAAAUCUUUUGUAUAUAUUUUUAUUAACUUAAAUAUUAUCACAUAUUUUGUUAGGAAAUUUAUAUCAUCAUAUUUUAUAAAUAUAAAAAGAAACGCUUUCUGAAAUUUACAUCAUAUCACCGUAAAUUACAUUACAAAACAUGUUCUUAUUUCUAGGUAUUUUAUUAAACAUAUAAAUGAGCAAACAAUUACAUUUAAUAUUAAAUGUAACUCUAAUAUAUGUAAUAAAUAAGGCAAGAUUUUUCAGAGAAAAAUAUUUCUCCCUGAGAGCUGUCAUGUAUAUUUACUUACAAUCUAUAUAUACUAAAUGACUUUUAUAUGACUUUUACUCUUUUAUAGUGCAUAGUUUUCUUAGUUCUCAUAAGCAUUUAUGUUUUUAUUUGCUAGCGAUGAAGAUAAAUACGGUUUUAUUUAUUUUUUUAUAAUGCAUUUUUAGUAUUAAAGCACGUGCGAAGUUUUUAAUAGAUAUAACAUCUCCACAUUGCAUAUUUAACAGUCAUUAAAUUAUUUACAUAUUUACAAUGAGGUAAAAACAUUAUAUUAUAUUUAGUAAGGAUCACUGACAUUAUGUCAUACUACAGAAACAGAUAUUCCCUCUCUGAUUGUAGGCAACGAAUAAAACAUUUUGCACAGCUUAUCUGAAAUCGAAAGUAUUAGAAAUAAUAUAUAAGAUUUAUAUGGAUAUCGGAACAAGUAAAACUAAAUUUAUUGAAUGACAUCUACAUCAGCUUGGUCCUCUCCACAUUUUUAUCAUAAGAUAGCAUUAUGACAUUGUGAGUCGCUGUCUACUCAGAAAGGAAAGCUCAGCAUGAUGUGACAUGGAAGAUCUCUGGAUAUACAGAGUAAUUAAUAUUAUUACUUGAAUCAUACUAUGGGAUAUUUCGGAAUUCUAUCUGUUAUUCGAGUCUACUGUUAAAUAAAUGGCAAAUUUUCAGCAAAUAAAGCUUUCUAAUAUAAAAGAAGAAAAUACAAAAUAGAAAAUUAAAAUAAGUCUAAUAAUUCCAAAUGACAUUAGAUAAACUAUAGGUACAUUGUGGCUCGAGUUUAGUAUAUAUACGCAUAUAAAGAAAUGAUCAAUUUUAUUCAAUUUCGUCUAAGAAGUUAAAAUUAUUAAAUCUAUGAUUUUUUAAAUGCCAGUUUGUUCUGUUAACAUUUGUUAACGUUGAAAAUGUAUUAAAUUAUCUCUACUUUUAAACUUAUUGUUAUCAAACAAUUGAGCGAUUAUCACUUUAACAUUUAUUUAGAUUUGAACUAGGUAUGAUGAAUCUUUUGUAUCAAUGUAUUCUUAUAUUGUAGUAUAGUAUUUUUGUAUAUUGUGUGAUAUUCUGUCUGGAUUUUAUGUCUAAUGAACGAUAAUGAUAGAAUGACAAAAAAAAA